AUGUCUGAAGAAAUGUCUCCAAUUGAACUGAAAGUGGCUCGACAAAUCGAGUACUACUUUGGGGAUCACAAUCUUCCAAGAGACAAGUUUCUCAAAGAACAACUUCAGCUUGAUGAUGGAUGGGUGCCUUUGGUGACUAUGCUGAAAUUUAACAGACUGAAAUCUAUAACCUCCAACAUCAUAAUUUCCGCUCUCCAGAAAUCCAAAAGUGGCCUUUUGGAAAUCAGUGAGGACAAGACUAAAAUCAGGAGGUCUCUAGAAAAACCUUUACCUGAAAUCAACGACGAGUACAAAGAUGCUCUUAAACACAAAUCUGUGUACAUGAAAGGUUUUCCCUUGGGAACCACCCUUGAUGAGAUCCAGGAGUGGUUGAAUACAAAAGGCAAUGUUGAAAACAUUCAAAUGAGAAAAGACAUGGAGAGACAGUUCAAGGGAUCGGUGUUCAUCUGUUUUGACACGGAAGAAUCAUCCAAGCAGUUCCUUGAACGUUCAGACAUCAAAACAUUCAAAGACAAUGAGUUGCUUGUGCUAACAAGGGAAGCCUACCACGCAAAGAAAGCAGAAGAGCGAAAACAACAUAAGGCAGAGACAAAAGCAAAAGUGAAACAGGAUAAAGAACAGCAAGAGAAGCAUGUGGAAAAGAAAGAUAUGGAUCAACUUUUGGAAGAACACGCAGGUGCCUUGUUAAUGUUCUCUGGAGAGCUGGAAGAUGUUUCCAGAGAGGACUUCCAUGAAGUGUUUUCAGGGCAUGGACGAAUCAAGUGGGUUGAUUUUACAAGAGGUGCUAAAGAGGGCACCCUCCUCUUCGACGGAAAUGCAAAGGAAGCAUUUGAGAAGGCCAAAGAAGCAAAUGACGGGGAGCUUAAAGUCAAGAAUAACGUUGUUACAUGGAAGUUUCUUGAAGGAGAAGAGGAAAAAGAGGUCCUAAAGAAGAUCAUCGAAGCGCAACAAGAAACACUCAGUCGGAGCAAAGGAAGAGGAGGCAGAGGAAAAUUCGGUGGCAGAGGGGGAAGGGGUGGUCGCAGAGGAAGAGGGGGAAGAGAUCAAGGUAAAACUCAAUACCAGGGCAAGAAGACGAAAUUCGAUAGCGACGACGAGGAAGCUCCCGCUGCUCAAAAGAGAGAACUUGAAGAAGCUGAUGGGCCUGCUGCAAAGGUGGCCAAAACGGAAAAUGGAUCCUAA